CGGUGCCGCGUUUCCCAAAACUCGUAUCAUCCACAAUUUUCGAAAAAGAAAUUUUUCGAAAAAAAAGUAUGAGUUCGGGAAAACCACUACUUGGUUUGUGGUUAUACAGAAGCGGGGAAGAUUGGAAUUAUAAGGAAGAUAGCCCCAUCGCCUUACAAACACAGACCCGUCAAAGUGGCGGAGAGGAUGCAAAACCAGAAACAAAAGAAAAAGUUUCCAUAAUUUUCAGUUUAAAAAAUCAAGUUGGUGGUUUGGUUAGAGCUCUUCAAUCUUUUCAAGAUUUGGGCAUAAAUGUUCAAAGAAUAGAAUCAAGACCUUCUCAAACAGAUGAGAAUCAAGCGGAUUUCAUGGUUGAUAUAGAAUGUGAACCAAAAAAAUUGGAACAAUUGGGUAGAUUAUUGAAACGAGAAGUGCUGACAAUGGUAAUCGGAAAAUACGGCAGCGAGGAAAGUGAAAAUGACUUUCCUCCACCGACUCCUCUUUCAGCGACGGCCAGUUUUGAUUUCGAUGACAUGCCCUGGUUUCCGAAAAAUAUUUCCGAGCUGGACAAUGCGCAAAAUGUUCUUAUGUACGGGAGUGAAUUGGAUGCUGAUCAUCCCGGAUUUAAAGAUCCAGUAUAUCGAAAAAGAAGAGAUUAUUUUUAUAAAAUAGCAAUGAACUAUAAACACGGCGAAAGCAUACCCAGGGUCAAAUACACACCAGAGGAAAUUAAAACAUGGGGAACGGUUUUUCGCGAACUUAAAAUUUUAUACGAAAAACACGCAUGCAGGGAAUAUCUCGAAAAUUGGCCACAGUUGGUGAAAUAUUGCGGUUAUAGAGAAGAUAAUAUACCGCAAUUACAAGACGUUAACGUAUUUUUAAAAAGAAAAACUGGUUUUUCACUACGUCCCGUUGGUGGGUAUUUGAGCGCUCGAGACUUUUUAGCCGGACUAGCUUUCAGGGUUUUUCAUUGUACGCAAUAUAUAAGACACUCCACAGAUCCAUUUUAUACCCCAGAACCAGAUUGUUGUCACGAAUUACUUGGUCAUAUGCCUUUACUUGCAAACCCAAGUUUCGCCCAAUUUUCCCAAGAACUAGGAUUGGCAUCGUUAGGAGCUUGUCAAGAAGACAUAGACAAAUUAGCAACGCUUUACUUCUUUACCGUUGAAUUCGGUUUGGCAAAAGAGAAUGACGAAUUGAAAGUAUACGGGGCAGGUCUUUUAAGUUCAGUAGCCGAGUUGAAACAUGCGAUUGAAUCCAAAGAUAAAGUAAAACGUUUCGAUCCCGAACUUACUUGCCAGCAAGAAUGUAUAAUCACGGAUUACCAGCUUGGUUAUUGGUACACCGAUUCUUUCGAAGAAGCCAAAGAAAAAAUGAGAACCUUCGCUGAACAAAUCAAACGUCCUUUCGGCAUCAGAUACAACCCUUAUACUCAAGCUGUGGAAGUAUUGAGUAACGAGAAGAAGAUCACGGCCUUGGUAUCGGAACUUAGAGGGGAUCUUUGUAUUGUGAAUAGCGCUUUAAAGAAAAUAAGCGCUAGAGAUUCAACGUUAGACGUUAAUCGUAUUGCUAACUUGUUGCAAAAAGGUUUAAUCGACGAAGAGCAACCGAACGCUACUCAUAAUGGAAUUGGAGAACGAAAAGAAUUGAUCGAAAAGAAAUGAGCAGAGAAAUACAAAAUGUAAAUUACACUAUAUAAUGUAUUACAAAUCGGAAAAUAAAAUACUUGUAGAUUUCUGUUA